UGUUGCAAAUAUAAAAGGAAAGCCAUGUGACAGAGGGACAGAAGAACAAAAGCAUUUGGAAGUAACAGGACCUCUUUCUAGCUCUCAGAAAAGUCUGAGAAGAAACGAGCUCUGCAUUUUCCCCCAAGCUAUGCAGGGAUUGUCUUGAAGGAUUACAAGCAGCAAAUCUUUUUGCCUCCUCCCAGUGCCAAGGAACACGACAUCCAAAGGACAAUGACAACCGAGAGGCCUCAGCCAGACUUUGCAUUUUCCCUGAAAAGAACUAGGUCCUAAGAUUUGAAGGUGUUUUUUUUUUCUUUUAAUACUCUACCUCCCUCUGCUGUUAUUACUGGGAAUUUAUUUUUUGGGUUUUUGUGUGGUUUUUUUUUUUUACAACAAUGAGAAAUCAUGUACUAGCAGCAUCGAUUUCAAUGCUCUCCCUGCUGGCGAUCAUGGGAGAUACAGACAGCAAAAUGGACAGUGGCUUCAUGAUGGACUCUGACCCUGGGCGAUGCAUGAGGCAUCAUUAUGUGGAUUCUAUCAGUCACCCUUUAUACAAAUGCAGCUCAAAGAUGGUGCUGUUGGCAAGGUGCGAAGGGCACUGCAGUCAGCCCUCUCGCUCAGAGCCUCUUGUCUCCUUCAGCACGGUCCUAAAGCAGCCCUUCCGCUCUACCUGUCACUGCUGCCGGCCCCAGACCUCCAAACUGAAGGCUCUGAGGCUUCGGUGUUCUGGGGGAAUGAGACUCACAGCCACCUACCGGUACAUCCUCUCCUGCCACUGCGAAGAAUGCAGCUCCUAAGACUUUCCCACUGCUGGCACACUAUAGUGCUGGCUGGCAGCGCAGCUGCAGCUGUGUGGCUCUUGAGCCCCAAAGGACAGAUGGCUGCAAGACCCAGCAGGACAACUUCUCCCAAUUGACACAUUGGGAAUAGAAAGGGAAUAGAGAGAGGCAAGGAAGAACAUUUACUUUCUGACCUGGAUGAUUCAUGUUCUACUAACAGACUCUGCAAGUUUGUCCAUAAAGAGGAAAAUACUGGGGUUUUGUUUUGGUAUCUUCCUAGUUUCCUCCUCCCUCCCCCACUCUACCUCCCCUUGGACCAAGUUCUUUCAGUAGUUUAUAAGAUUCAUCUUCUCUCCAUUUUGCUUUGAACACUCUCCACUCCUGAGCACUAGUGGGGAAAAGAAGGCAGGCGAUAAGCUGUCACUCAUCAGAAGAUGCCACAGAGGAAAUGGCAUUGGGCAGAAGGAGGCCCAAGCCUUGUCUAUGGAGUCUUCUUAUAUUGUUGAGCUUUCAUCUCCUUGUUACAUUGAUCUUGAUUAUGAUUGCUGCUGCUGCUGCUAAAAGUUGUCACUUGUCUAUUCCAAACACCAAGUAUGUGGACAUGCUUGACCAAGUUUAGCUGGCAUUAAAAAUAACUAACAGGAAACCUCAGGCUCUCUUUUGGGAUGCUGGAAUGUUAAGACCCUGACAACUACCCAGCUCAUUUAGGAACAGCUUAGGGCAAACACAACAAUAUAUAUGAGGGCAUUUACCUAUAGAACAUCUUAAAUAAAUUAUGACUGUUGUCAGUCAAAUGAGUGUAAGGGCAGAAUUUCAAAGACCUAUACCGAUGCAUGUGGAAUAGUUAUAUUCAUGUAUACAAAUCCUGUGACUUCAGAUAUCAACUAAUAUGUAUAUGCACUAUGGCUUAAGCAGCUAUAUUUGUAUGUUCUUCUAAUCUCCCCUUUGUCUAUAUGAGACUUAGUGUGUCUCUACCAGGUGCAAAAUUGGCAGCCUAACAGCUAUUAUUUCGCCUUUUGAACACUUGACCCACAGAUGCCUUUGGUCCUUGAAGCAAUUAUUACAGCCAAUUGGAGCUGCUAUCAGGUCUGAUGAAUCAGAAAUCCUUGAUUCUAAGGAAAAAAUAAACUUUCUUAGGAUUGAUAACUGGAAAAAACCCUUUUGAUAUUUAAUCUUGUCUAAACUCCUCAUUUUACAGAUCAAGAAGCUGAGCUCCCAAGAUGCUAAAUCAGGAUUUGAACCCAGGUCAGCUGACUAGCCAUGUAGUGUUCUAUCUAGCACUAUCUCCCACAAUGGUUUCCUUCCCCAAACUAUAGAUUUAGCCUAUCAUUCAAGUUUGAGGUUUAAAAUGCAAUAAGUCCUUGGUGGACCAUAAAAUCUACUUUAAAAUACUUUACUAAUUUAAUAAUUAAAAUGACACCAUUGAAAAGGUUAAAAUAAAACACUAUUUGCUUCCCCUGCAAAAUCAACACAACAAAUAGACCAGAAGGCAUUCCUUGAGGGCUAUAAGCCCUAAAAUGAAGCCAUCACCAUUCCUUCUGACCCCUCCCCCCGCAAAAGUCUUUCAUUUCAAGAUAUAGGAAAACCCUGACUUUCUUAAGGAGCCAUUCUAGUUCAUCUGCCAAUUUCAGGAGUUCUUAACCUUUUUUUGCAUCAUGGGAUGUUUUUAAGUGCAUAAAAUAAAUACAGAGGAUUACAAAGCACUGAAGUAAAGGUGAAAAUAAAGAUUUUUUUCCCCCAUUCAAGUUCACAGAGUUUCUGACAUCUCUCUGUGGAUGCCUUGGCUGG